GCAGCCGCCGGCCGUGCGGCCGGACGAGGGGGCGAUGGAGCUAGAGCCCGAGCGGCUGCUGCAGGAGGCCCGCGAGAACGUGGAGGCGGCGCAGAGCUACCGGCGGGAGCUGGGCCAGAGGCUGCAGGGGCUGCAGGAGGCGCGGAGGCAGAUCAAAGAGAGUGCGUCGCAGACUAGAGAUGUCCUCAAACAGCAUUUUAAUGAUUUAAAGGGAACGCUUGGGAAGCUCCUGGAUGAGCGAUUGGUGACCCUUCUGCAAGAGGUGGACACCAUUGAACAGGAGACCAUUAAACCUCUGGAUGACUGCCAGAAGCUCAUAGAGCACGGAGUUCAUGCCGCAGAGGACUUAGUCCAAGAAGGGGAGGUCGCCAUUCUUGGUGGCGGAGGAGAACAGAAUGAAAAACUGUGGAACUUUACCAAAAAGGCCUCACACAUUCAGUUGGACAGCUUACCAGAAGUGCCUUUACUGGUUGACGUGCCUUGUUUGUCUGCUCAGUUGGAUGACUCGAUUCUGAACAUAGUGAAAGACCACAUUUUCAAGCACGGAACGGUAGCAUCUCGCCCACCAGUACAGAUAGAAGAACUAAUAGAGAAACCUGGAGGCAUCAUUGUUCGAUGGUGUAAGGUGGAUGACGACUUUAUAGCCCAAGAUUACAGGCUCCAGUUCCGCAAAUGCACUUCAAAUCACUUUGAGGACGUAUAUGUAGGCUCUGAAACUGAGUUCAUAGUAUUGCACAUAGACCCCAACGUUGACUAUCAGUUCAGAGUCUGCGCCCGAGGAGAUGGCCGACAGGAAUGGAGUCCUUGGAGCGUCCCCCAGAUGGGCCACUCCACGUUGGUGCCUCAUGAGUGGACAGCUGGCUUUGAGGGCUACAGCCUGAGUAGUCGAAGAAAUAUAGCCCUCCGGAAUGAUUCUGAAUCCUCGGGUGUCCUCUACUCCAGCGCUCCGACUUAUUUCUGUGGGCAGACAUUGACAUUCAGAGUUGAGACUGUGGGCCAGCCAGACAGAAGAGACAGUAUAGGAGUGUGUGCAGAAAAACAGAAUGGGUAUGACUCCCUGCAGCGUGACCAAGCAGUGUGCAUUAGUACAAACGGUGCAGUUUUUGUAAAUGGAAAAGAAAUGACUAAUCAGUUGCCAGCAGUUACUUCUGGGUCCACUGUCACAUUUGACGUCGAAGCUGUGACUCUGGGAUCCACCAAUAAUAACGAAGGAGGAAACUUCAAGCUUCGAGUAACUAUCAGCUCGAAUAACAGAGAAGUGGUUUUUGAUUGGUUACUGGAUCAGUCUUGUGGUUCUCUUUAUUUUGGAUGCUCGUUUUGCUAUCCUGGAUGGAAAGUGUUGGUAUUCUAGAUUUUUGGAUGGUUGGCUUUGGUUUGCAGGGUUUUAAAUGUAGCUGUCCUCAGCUCAGUUUAGUUGAACUUGGUUUAAAAAAAAUUGUUAGAUUCAUCUCUCAGUUAAGCCAUUGAAAAUGGAAAUUGUUUGCUGGAUUUAUUUGGAAUAUUUUAGCAAGAAGAGAUUUGACUAUUGUGGACAAAGCCGCAGUGCAGUCAGUUUUACUUUUAGCAUAGUGUUCAUUAGAAGAUCCACAUCACGAUAAAAAUCAAAAGUGGAAGGAGACACAGAAAGCCCUAUCUGCCCUUCUCCGGUCCCUCUUUAAAAGUUGGUUAUCAGAACAGAACACCCUAGCGUAACUUGUUGUACUAAAUCUUUAUCUUUUAAGGAUCCAAGGCCGUGUAAGACGUUAGGAGAAGACAACAGGAAUAGACCAGCUGGAGGCCAGUCCUGCAACAGGCGUUCGCAUGUGCCCUCUCCCU